GUUUAGCAGCUGUCAGUUCGUAGUACUGUUUUGACACUUGUGUUUUCUGUCAGUAUUUAGUUGUUAGAAAGUUUUUAAAUACAGAAUUUGUUUGUCAAAAUGCCCAAAGGAGGUAGGAAAGGUAGCUACAAGGGUCGCGUGCGGACGUACACGAGCCCCGAGGAGAUAGACGCCCAGAUGAAGGCAGAGAAAGAGAGGAAAAAGCAAGAGCAGGAAGCAGAAGAGGCGGGGGGUGCAGCUCAGAAUGACAUGGCAGAGGAGAAGCUACCGGCAUCGGGAUCAGAAGACAGCGACGAUGAAAACUCAGAUAGGAGGAGAGCGGGGGUGGAGGGCUUGAUAGAAAUCGAGAACCCCAACAGAGUGGCUCAGAAGUCCAAGAAGGUGACGCAGAUUGAGCUGGACGAGCCCAAUCAGUUAUCAAGGAGAGAGAGGGAGGAGAUAGAGAAGCAGAAAGCGAAGGAGCGCUACAUGAAGAUGCACUUGGCAGGGAAGACAGACCAGGCCAAAGCUGACCUCGCUCGUCUCGCCAUUAUCAAGAAACAGAGAGAAGAUGCGGCAAGAAAGAAAGAAGAAGAAAAGAAAGCAAAAGACGCAGCAGCAGCGGCAGCGGCGGCGACGAGAGGAAUAAAGUCCCUCUCAAUGAAAUGAUGCAGAGAAUUUAUCAGAGGCUCUUUCUACAUGUUCACGGACUGAAGCAAUAUAUAUAUAUUUGACUAUUUUUAAAGGAAGAGCUAUGGUCUUGACAUUUCUGUUACAUGUGACCGUUUGGAGAAUGGUUUGCGGAGACACCAGUGGAGAGGGGUUGUGUAUAUUGUGGCAUUGAAUAAUGGCCUCGUUGAUCCCUCCAGGAAGUAAAGCUACAAUUGAGAAUACAUCGGUCUUCACAUGCACUUGGAAUGAACCCCCUCUAACCUGUGAUCUUGCUCAUGAUGUUAGUGAUGGUGAACUUGUCAUUGUACAAUUCUCACUUUGCUAACUGAGCUUUACCACUUUGUUUUUUGGGGGAUCUUACAUUGUACAUACCGGACUCGUGAAGAUAUUUCAGAUUAUUAUGAUGGAACUAGUCAAAUGUGUACAUUUGUUGUUUUGCUUUAUUUCCCUGUGAGAGAACUGUCACGACUGAUUUAGAGCAGGUAGCAGCCUCAGGUGCAAGAGUCCAUGUGGCAUCCACGGAUGUGACAGUGAGAGAAGACUUUGCAGCGUAACUGAACAGUUAAAUCAGUAAGAUUAAUAUAUAAGAUGAGAAGUUUAUGAUCCUAUCGUGUGUCAAUCUUAAUUUUGCUCUUGUUUAAUGAAAGGUACCCAGACUCCCUAUUCAACAGGACUAAGGUCACGACUUAGAUGGAUUCAAAAUUAAUACAAGCAAAUUUUCACGUAAGUCGGAUUUUUCCCAUUGUUCACAUAUACCGCAUCUACAGUAUUUCAAUUAUGAAAUGUGCAAUAUGUAUCACAUCAGCUCAGCUGUGAAAGACAAGAAUUCAGGUGAGUUUGACAGCAAUGAUUAAUAAAACAAAUGACAAAUAAAAA